AUGAAUAACAGUUCUCACAGUACCCAUUCUUCUUCCAACGUCGUUGGCGUCCAUUACAGGGUCGGCAAGAAGAUUGGUGAAGGAAGCUUUGGCACUAAUCUUUUGAACAACCAGCAAGUGGCCAUCAAAUUCGAGCCCAGAAAGAGUGAUGCCCCUCAAUUGCGUGAUGAGUAUAGAACAUACAAGAUCUUGGCAGGCUCAACUGGAAUUCCCAAUGCAUUCUAUUUUGGCCAGGAAGGUUUGCAUAACAUCCUUUGCAUCGAUCUACUUGGCCCAUCACUUGAGGAUCUUUUUGAUAUGUGCGGCCGCAAGUUCACAAUCAAGACUGUCGUCAUGGUUGCAAAACAAAUGUUGUCUCGUGUGCAAACAAUUCACGAGAAAAAUCUAAUUUACCGCGAUAUCAAGCCUGACAAUUUCUUGGUUGGAAAACCCCACAGCAAGCAUGCUAAUCUAGUCCAUGUCGUUGACUUUGGCAUGGCUAAACAAUAUCGUGACCCUAAGACUAAGCAACAUAUACCGUACCGCGAACGCAAAUCUCUCAGUGGCACUGCCCGCUAUAUGAGCAUUAAUACUCAUCUUGGUCGAGAGCAAUCCAGACGUGAUGAUUUGGAAGCGAUGGGUCACGUUUUCAUGUACUUCUUGCGUGGUGGUCUACCAUGGCAGGGACUUAAAGCCGCCACAAACAAGCAAAAGUAUGAAAAAAUUGGUGAGAAGAAGCAGUCGACGCCAAUCAAAGAGCUUUGUGAAGGAUUUCCAGAGGAGUUUGGUAUCUAUCUCAACUAUGUUCGUAAACUGUCUUUUGAAGAGACUCCUGAUUAUGACUUCUUACGCGACUUGUUUACAAAGGCAUUGAAGAGUAUUGGCGAGGUAGAAGAUGGUGUUUAUGACUGGAUGCUACUGAACAAUGGUAAAGGCUGGGAGGCUGAGGUCGAUUACUCCUCCAAUAACCCUCUUCAUCACCAAUCUGGAAAUAUCCAUCAUGCGUCUGAUGCACGCCACCACUCUUCACGAGACCCUCACUUGCAAUCGCAGAGACAGCAUCAGCAACAGCAACAGCAACAGACGGGGUCCAAAGGACCACAGCAGCCAUCAGCCCUUGUGCAUAGCAACUCCAAGCUCAAGCAUAAACAAAGUACUUCGCGAGCAGGGGCUGGUACUGGUACUGCUGGCACCAACGCUGCAGCGGGCGCAUCGGGUGAACAGGACCUAUUGAAUGAGCAAGGUUAUAGUCGGGCUGCUCCUGCUAAUAUCCAGCAAGACGGCCAAAAUGGCGAAGGUAGCCAUAAGAAGAAAGGCUUCUGGAACAAGCUUGUAGGCGUGAUCACUUGCAGUAAGUAA